CGCCUGGGACAAGGUGAGGGGGAGAGGUGAGGGGUUUGGGUGUGUUUCUUGGUGCACGGUGACACUUGGCUGGUUUCACCCCUCGGCUUCUCUGCCCUUAGAUGACUACAAGGAGUUUGGUGUCAACUGCGAGAAGAUGGCAUCGGAGAUCGAAGACCAUAUCUUCCAGGAGCUGAAGAGCACGGACAUGAAGUAUCGCAACCGGGUGAGGAGCAGGAUCAGCAACCUGAAGGACCCCAAGAACCCCAGCCUGAGGAGGAACGUGCUGAGUGGGGCCAUCCAGCCCAGCCUCAUCGCCCGCAUGACCGCCGAGGAGAUGGCCAGUGACGAGCUGAAGGAGCUGAGGAACGCCAUGACCCAGGAGGCCAUCCGGGAGCACCAGAUGGCCAAGACGGGUGGCACCGUCACAGACCUCUUCCAGUGUGGCAAGUGCAAGAAGAAGAACUGCACCUACAACCAGGUGCAGACGCGCAGCGCCGACGAGCCCAUGACCACCUUUGUGCUGUGCAACGAGUGUGGGAAUCGCUGGAAG